GCUCAUGAACUCAUUUUUCGAUAUGUAGUUUCAAGCCCUCACAUAACAUUCGAGAGUCUUCGAUAAAAGAGAAAAAAUAAGGAAAUAAUUGAAAUCUAUCGUAAUAUUACGUUAUCAAAGCAUAAAAAGAUGCUUUUUUUGGCAGAUAAACCGAAAGGAAUAGCAAUAACAUCAACUUCCUGAUUUAAAGCGUAUGAAGUUCAGGAUUGAAACAAAUCAUGGAUUUUUUGGAUAUAAAGCAGAAAACAAAGAGCGUCUUUCAACUUGUAAAGACACUGGAUGAACAAAAGGGAAAUUUUAAAUCAAUUUCUGACUUGUUCGCUGAAGAUUUAAAUGUAAUACGUCAAGACCUUGUCGCACUUAUCGAGUCAAUUUUGCUGGAGGACUUUGAGAACGUUGGUCGAAAGACCAGAGAUAUACUAUGGCGCAAGGUUUAUUAUGAUCCGAUUUCCAUUUCGAAAAAGUUUUGGAAACUAAGUGCGGAUAACUUAAAGGAAAAUGAAAUUUUCCAGCUUAUAAAUUUCAUAAAGUUUGCAAUUAAACACUACAAGACCUUAAUUCUUAAGUUUGAGGAAAUGUUUGGCCUUGAAAUUCGUUAUAUCAUCGAUUUUAGUAUCAUUGCCAAUGGAGCCGAUGCAUUCGAAAAGAAAAAUGAAAAAGUUAUUUACACCGUCAAUGAAAUGAGCCACGCAGUUGAAUCGAUUCAUGCUUUUCUCGUCUGCCUUGGUGACCUUCAUCGUUACUGCAUUGAGUUUAAUUUUGCUGAAAAAGACUUCUCCAUCAAUACUAGUAAAGAUUUGGCAGCAAAAUAUUACGUCGAAGCUUUUAAACUCAAUCCUAAGAUCGGAAUGCCUCACAAUCAGCUCGGAACUUUAUGUGCUGGAGUGAAUUUUGAACUCGAUUCAAUCUUUCAUUAUUUAUACUCACUCUGUUCACCGCUUCCAUUUGAGUUGAGCGAAGCUAAUGUUAAUCGAAUUUUUCAACAGAAUGUGGAAGCUUUGGAAAAAAUGGAAGAAGUUGGAGAUGGAUUUAAUACCAAAAAUUUUAUCAUGCAAAUGAUCCUCGUCAUUGAUAUUUUCUUUUACGAUAAGGACGUCGAGGAAUUCAACACAAUUUGUCGAUCUGUUCUUGUCAGUUUUAAAGAAUAUCUCAACAGCAAUAGAAGAAAUCAUCAAAAAGAUUUAACAUUUCAACUCACAUCAAUUUUUAUGCUUUGCCUUCUCAAGCUAAAGCUCAAAAGUUCACCAAAAGUUCACAGCUUGAAUGCAUUUUUAGUUGCCUUUUGUUCGGAAAUUGUUAAAGUGUCAAUCGAUAAAAUUGACGACUUUAUUGCUGAUAACAAAGACGAAAAUUUACAAUUUCACGAAGCUUAUAAUAAAAGAUUUAAUGAGUUUGACAGAAAGAUAAAAACAGCUCGUGACAAUAAUCGCGUUGUUGAAGGAAGAAAACAAAAAGCCGGAAGUUUCAAAGAUUCAGGAAGUGAGAAUAACGGAAGUGUCAAUAACAGUCAGAAAAAUGGUCAUUCAAGUAAUCAACUUUCGUUGGAAAGUAAACAACUUUCGGGAGAAGCUUCAGGUAAAUCUGAUCCUCGCCCUGUUACAAUUGCUAAGAAACCACAACCAUCUUCUCAUGGUAAUAACAAUCGACGUCGAAGAAAGCGUUGCAAGAAUGUCAACUCGAUGAGUAGCAGCGAUGAAUCAGACACAGAGUCAAUCAGAAGUGAAUUUGAUCGCAGCGAUGUCGAAUCAAUGAACAGCGAUUUUGAUUCCUAUGACGAACAAGAUGAUUUUUCUGAUCGAUAUUCCUCGGAAGACGAACAAGAUUCUGAUGAUGACGAUGAUGAUGGUGAUGACGUUGUUAUUGAGAAUGAAGAAAUUGUUUUUGCCAAUGUCGAUGAUGCUUGCAGUGGAUCAAAGAAGAAAAACGUCGAUUCGUAUGCAUUUCCAAGAGAACAAGAAGAUAAUCAAGAUGAUGUCAUAAUUGAAGAUGAACAGGUUGUUUUUGCAGAUGCAGACGACGAUAAUGAAGAAGAAGGAGAAGGAAAAACGAUAAAAUUAAAAUUUAAAAAGAAAUAUUCAAAAAUAAGUCCAACAAUUAUCAUUCGAUUCAAUGAACUCAACGACGGCUGGAUGAAAAGCUUAAAAAUUCUUUUCGAUUGGUUGCGUUUAAAUGCUGAUGUUCUUGUUGAAUGUUAUCGAAGUAAUCCUGAGUUUAUUAAGAGAAUAAUGAAGCUUGUAAAUUUCUUGAAUAUCGACAUCUUCACCAGAAAAAUUUAUUUCGAUCGUUCGAUGUUGACAACAAAGAAUGUACGUGAAGGUUUACGCCAUUUGUUUGACAUUCGUCAUACAAUUCCAACGUUUGAAGAUAUUGUGUUUAAGAAGAACGUAAUGUUUGAUGAGCUCCAACGAGUUCUCGAUUGGGAUGUUACUUAUAAGCUGCAAAUCACAAACGAAGAAGAUGUCAUAUUAAGAAACUUCAAGAUCAUCGAUUUCGGCUUUCAUUUGUGCAAGAUGAAAAAGUUCUCUUACAAUUUCUGUGCUCGUACGAGGGUUUUCAUUGAGAAGACGGGACGACGUCGAAACAGAGGUCAAAGAAAUAAUGGCGAUGAACGUAAGAGAGGCGGACGUCGAGAAAGGCGAAGAAAUCGUAGAAGAAACAAGAAAGAUUCGGAUUGUGACAGAUUUGAACGUUUGGCCAUACGAAAGCAUUCGAAGGAAGUGGAAGAAUAUCCAUCAAUCGAACAAUCACAUCAAUCAAACUUUCGUAAAGGUUACUUAAAGAACAAGGCAAUUGAAGGCAAUGACAACAGCAAACAGAUUGAUAAGAAUGAAUUGAUGGGAAAAUUGUGGUUGAAAAGUGAAAUUCAAACUUUAGAAUCGAAAAAGCAUUCUGCGGUUGCUCUCACACCAUACAUCAUGUUGGAUUCCAAAUGUCUCACAGAUUAUCUUAACAUUGUUAAGAACCUUGUCAAAAGCAAGAAAUUUAUUGUUCUUAUUCCCAAAGCUGUUUUAUCAGAUUUGGAUGACUUAAAGAAAAGUAAAGAAGGGGCUCGAGAUGCUAUCAAAUGGUUGGAAGCUGAGUUUAAGAAAGGAAAUCGUUUUAUGAGAGCUCAGCGUGAACCUGAAAGUCUUUUACCUUUGGUAAAGAUUCCAAGUAAAUUGGACAUUGAAACUUCAAUUUUCGUCAAAAUUGUUAAUUUUGCAAACUUUAUUGUGUCCAACAAUUCACCGGAAGAAGAAAGUGAAUUUCCUGUUUUAACAUUGCUAACUGGAGAUAAUUUGGAUGAUCAGAAAAAGAAUCAGCAGCUGUCGGCGACUGUGAAUAAUCAUCCAUUAAACAAAAUUGGAAUUCUUCAAUCAAUUCCGGUCAAAUAUGAACAGAUUGUUCGUUUCUAUUCCAAAUCAAAGAAGAAGUGAAACAUCAAAGCACAUCAAAUUUUGGAAUCAGAAAUAAACUUCGAAUAAAUGUGUUUUGGACGUCGCGAAGUAAGUAACUGUCAUCGAUGCGGCUUUGUGUAGCUCACAAAAGUUCAAGGGAAAUUUCAACGUAAGGAAAAUAUUCGCAUAAAAGCUGAGAGUAGCGUAAAAGCUUUUUUCUUUGGGAAUGAAUUUAAUCGCAAUUCUCUCUUAUUCCAACCUGCGGCAAUCAUCGAAAUUUCUUUUCGCUUUUGUUUCAACUAAGACUUCCAUCAUAAUUAAUAAUCAACAACAAACAACCAAAACCAAAAUUCAGCAGGUUUUGGUAAUGUUGAGUAAUUGAGGAGUUUCAAAAGGAGCUCACAAAUGACAUUAUCAGAGAAAAAUUAUAAAUAUCUAUAUUAAUUUCAAUAUUUCUUCUCAUACUCUCGGAUAAAUCCAGAGUCUUUACAUAUAUGUCAUUUAAUUUGUUAAAUCUAUUUACCUACAAUAUAUAUCACAACAUUCAUUUUUGGAAACCUUAAAUCAUGAUUUCAUCCCAACAAUCUUCAGGCAUAAUUAUCAAAACUAUAAAUUUAUAAUUAUUUCUUUUGCUUAUAUGAUUCAUUAAUUUGUAGAGAAAAAUAAACAAGAGAAAUUGUUCAAUAAAAUAAUAUCGAUGGUGUUGCAAA